ACGAGAGCGUACAGGUCGCAGUGGUGGGUAGUAUAUGGGGCUGCAGUAUGCUAAUGAAGUUAACCAGACAGAAUCAGAUAGAUUGGCUACACAUAGUGAGACAGGGGGGCACAGUUUUGCUCGCUCGGAUGUGUUCGCCGGUGAGAUUCAUUCAGUCUCUUGCGAAUUAAAGUUUUUUAAAAAGCCAAUUUUUUGGGGGGGAAACCUGGCUUCCCUUGACAUCUAUGAAUACGUAGAUUGGCCAUAACUUCCCUUUAUAUUGGAACGCACAGCUGCCAGAAGGUGGACUACUUGGAGCCGGUGCGGGAUACGGCUGGGAAAAUGUACCUGUAUCCAGGGUUGGAUUCCUGUACUCCUGAUUACCCCAAUAUCCAAAAUUAUAAAACGAGAAGAUUGAAAUACUCUUUGUUUUGAAUUAAAAUCCCUUUUUUCCCCGCAUGCUACUGUAGGUAGCAGAAGCCACAGCAGUCAUUUUGUAAUGGCAGGUAGAACAUUGCAUUGAGCAAAAGGAGCCUGAUUGCUUGACUAUCCUUUGUUGUUCAUCAUAACGUGCCCUUCCAAGGUUCAGGUUUGAUGGAAUUCCAGCCAGUGUUGGAAUAAAAUAAACGACCUGUGCUUGUUAUGUUCCUAGACUCCAUGAAUCUUCAGGAAUUCCUAAGGGAGGCCCAGAUCAUGAAAACCAUGGAGCAUCCCAACAUUAUCAAGCUUUUGGCUGUCUGCACUAAGGAGCCCAUCUACAUCAUCACUGAACUGAUGGAGAACGGAAGUCUGCUAGAAUACCUCAGGAAAAAUGAUAAACCUCUAGAUAUCUCCCACCAGAUUCAGAUGGCAGUCCAGGUGGCUUGUGGGAUGGAUUAUCUAGAGAAUAAACUGUACCUCCACAGGGACCUGGCAGCCAGGAAUGUGCUGGUUGGAGAGAAUGUCUACAAGGUGGCUGACUUUGGCCUUGCCAGGGUCUUAAUAAGAGCCACACCUGGCAGCCCGAACAGUGMAUAUUAUAGAGCUAGUGAGGGUGGAUGUUUCCCUGUCAGAUGGAUGGCUCCUGAGGCCAUUGCCAGCAAAAGGUUCACCAUCAAGAACGACGUGUGGUCUUUCGGCAUCUUGCUGUAUGAGAUCAUGACGUUUGGGGAGGAACCCUAUGCAAACAUUGGAGACAUUGAGAUGAUCAGGAGGGUGAGAAGAGGGUACAGGAUGCCUCGCCCAAUAUCCUGUCCAGAGAACAUGUACCAGAUCAUGUCGGCCUGCUGGAAGACGCAAGCAAAUGACAGGCCCCUUUUCGAGUCUCUGCAAACUAUGCUUAGUGAUUUACAAUGAGAUUCAGUAUCCUUGAGUAUCGAUUAAGUACCAGUAAUUAUUUGAUUAUUGUUUCUCAGKUCUGUCAUCUCUUGUGAGUUCUGUAAAGUUCCUUAGCCUUAAGUAUACAUWAACAUCACUAUCUUGGCUACCAUGACAUUAUAUUGAUUUACUGACUGCACUUAUAAGCUGAAGUCACCCUCUGCUGUAUUCAGAGUUGGUGUAUGCUUUCACGUGUUCCAGUGCAUUGAAUUAAAACCUUUUCUUUUGCCUUUACAUUUACUUUACAGGCACAUUUGUGGCCUGCUGGAGGUCAUUUUGCAGGGCUCUGGCAGUGC